AUAAAACGAGAGUUGCUAACAAGGUAGUUAGUAGAAGGAUGUCUGCAAAACGAUGAAGGGGCUCUUUGAAAGAGAAGCUGCAGGGCAGUUCAAGCAAAGAGAAGAAAAGUACUGUCUGACCGGUCGAACUCGAAGCGAACUAGGGGAUCGGUUGUCUUCGCACGCCGAUCGGGUGCAGAUGACAGAUGUAGGUUACACAACGGACUGAGAGUUCGCGCCGUAGUCGUGUGAUCAUUACUUCUGUUGUGCAAAGAAAGGACCGCGGUGCCCAACUAAUGGUCGCAAUUUCAUCGUCGAGCCGAUGCCUGCGGCUGGCGCCGCGAACCGCUGCGCUCGUGGCGAGUGUCGGAGCUCUUGCGUCUACUUCUUCAGCCACUGCCCUUCGCACCACGUCAGGGACGACCACAAAAGUGCAAAGGAGCAAGAAAAAUUUCGGGCUCGCGGCAACAAGCGGCACCAGUGAGGCGGACAAGAAGACGAGGAAGGCAAAGAACAGCUCUUCGAAUGUUGUAGCCAACAACAACAAGAACCUGAACCACGCGGCCCAGCAACAAGGUAAGCAGCGAAAGUCUGCCACUAAUGGGGCCAGCUCCAGUGCCGCGUCCUCUGCCUCAACCUCGUCUGCAAGUUUGACACUCACCAAAGUCGACGCGGAGCUACCCGACGUGAAGACGGUGAUGACGCCGGCAACCGUAUCAAGUGCAAAAGUGUCUGGGUCUGGAAGAAUGCAUGUUUGUCAUGCUUGUCUGGCAUGACUCUUAAAUCUGUCAUGCACGUUACCCAAGAGCUGCAUUUUUCUGUGAUGCAGAAACGCAGUUUGUCAUGCAGAAUAGGCAACACCUAGAAGCUCAGAAACUUGUCAUGCUGAGCCAGCAUUUGUGGCCUCAUCAUGAGACGCCGCCCAGCAUCACAAGUUUCCAGACCCAGACAUUUUUACAUUUGAUAAACCGAGACGGUGAACAAGAUGCAGGUGGAAGUGUUGAAGCUGAAUGCUUAUCAAAUGCAAAAAUGUCUGGGUCAGGAAGAUUUUGAGAUUUGUCAUGCAUGUUUUGCAUGACCCAGGAUGUCUGUAAUGCACGACCUAGCAUCUUCACAUAUUUUUAGAGGGCUUCCUGAUGCCUACUCCGCAUGACAAACGCCCUCCCCGCGUAGCACAAACUAGACUCCUCUUGCUGGUCAUGCAAUACAGAUUGUUUUAGCGUCCAAAGUUAGCAUCACAAGUUCCAACCUUCCAGACCCAGACACUUUUGCAUUUGAUAAUGCUCGGAUCGCGCAGCUGGCCACCCACGACCGGUCGCGACUGGAACGGAGCAAAGCCGAGCUGGAGAAGAAGUUGCAGGUGGAAAAGGCCGAGAUCGAGGAGGUACGGAAACAGAACGAGGAGCUGCGGAAGGAGAAUAACGCGUUGGUGAAAGAUAGCGAAAUUUUGCAAGUGCAGGGGCAGCAGGUAAGUACUUAUUUGUCUUCUGGUUGUUGCUCGUGGUCGUGUUUCUUCAUGUCUGAUCCGCCAUUUUUUGACGAGAAAUAACCGAACAAAAAGGUAGAAGAGGGUUUUUUCAACCACUUCUUUGUACUUUUCUACACAUGUACAGAUUCUCGCGGAGGACGACGGGUUGCGCAAAAUCAUCGGGGCGCUGCAGAAAAAGGUGAUUACCGGCGCGGACUUUGCGAGCAAGAUUGACAGUGAAACUCGGGACAUCAGCGAGGCGAGCAGGGCACCGGAGGUGGAUUUGUUGCGGUUGGACAUGAAGAGCACCGACAUCCAGCACGAAGCGCCGACGGAGCCGGUGCAAAGCGUCUUGCCAUCCGAGAUGCGUGCGGAUGCGCCACCCGUGUUCGACGCCGAAGCGGGGCAAAAAGAGCAGCAGCAAAGCCUGCUCGCCGCCAACCAAGCAGGAGGAGCCGGUGCAACGAGCUUUCUCUCCGUGCGAAGGUCCGACGACCAUCACGCCAUCAAGGCGGACAAGAAAAAACAAGAAGAAGCCGGAAGGAGUAAUGCUGGGACGGAAAUGUUGAGACAUGGGACGAGCAAGUUGCAGAAGCACGCAAAGAAAAGCAGCAAAACGUCGGCGAAAAAGACGAAGUACGACCCAGUAGCCAUGGAAAAGGACAUGAGCUGGGCUAAGGAGCCGGAACAGGACAAAGAGGGCGAGAGCAUGCUGACCCGACUGAAGAGCGAACUCACGCAGUUGCAAGCCGAGGAGAACAAAUCGCUCGAGUAAGAAGUGUGUUUUUAUUUUGCUACAUCGUAGUGAGUGUUAGCUGGUGCAUUAUUUUUGUAUGUCAAUGGGGAAACGAAAGUUGGAAAACAGCGAAAUUCUAUACCCAUUGUUCUGACUUUCACCAGUUCGCUCCGAGCGGUGUUUUCAGAGAAGAGUGCGAAGUUGGCGCUCGAGAAAACGCACCAGCUGAACGAGCAAGAGGAAUUGCUGCAGAAACAGCUGGACUUGAAAAAGCGACGGAGGGAGUUGCGGACCGCAGUUGACUUCGUCUCCGAGCGCAAGCGGUUCUUGGGGGACGGCUUGACUCACCUCAGUGCGUAUCUGAAGCUAUCCCACAGAAAAAAACUGGCAGGGCAUAUUUGUAAUGCAAAAAUAAAUACGCAGAGAGAUCUGUCAUGGGCGGCCUCAUAGCAUGCUGUUUAGGAUACGCGAUACAAGUUUUUUUGUCUAUUUAUUUUUGCAUUACAAAUAUGACCUGCCAGCUUUUUUCUGUGUGAUAGAAGCAGUUGGCGCACAUUGCCGGCGCCCCGCCGGUCGAGUCCGAUGUCUCAUUGGCCGAAGUCAAGGCACCGUGAGCAGAAUAAAUUUUGUACAAAAUGAAGUGUGGGAACAGAACGUGAACGCCGGUUUCAUUGUUUCUUGGUGUCAGGAGUGAUCUUAGCCCGAAAAUCAAUUGAGUCAUACUUUUUUCUCCAGUCAGAAAACGGUUUUCUUUUGACUUCGAAUGCUUUAUGCAAGUCAUUGCAAAUCAUGAUGUAACUCCCAUUCGUGGUUGAGAAUGCAGUUCGUCCC